AUGCAGAGGAGAAAUGAAGAAGAAAUGUGUUUCUCCAUCCAACACAGGAGCGAAGUUAAGAAAGUGGAGCCUGUUGACACGAGGGCUGCAGAAAGGGCAUGUGAUGCAGAUGGAGACGAGGGGUUCACGGUGGCAUCGGUCAAAAACACAGAGGGAAUCUCGUUUGCUAGAAGAGUUGCGAUCAGGCAGGACGGGAAAGCAAGAGCUCAAAGAGAGGGGAAGCGACAGACAGGUGAUACAAAUUUAGAAAAGGAGAUGAGUGUAGAAAAAGAUUCAGAGGCAGGAGGACAGAUUGAGGCGCAAGUUUGCGACAAAAAUGUGUCCGAUUUUCGGAAAGAGGAGGGAUUCGAAAGAACAAUUCCACCUGAAACUUUGCAGAAGAGUCACGUUGAAUCCGCUUACACAGAGUGCUCCAGUCUACUCUGUGCUGUCACAGAUAGGGCUAGGGACCCACACAGAGGGCCAGAGUGGAUUGGUACAGGGCCACAAGGACCUUACCUAACACACUCUGUUUUGUCCCAACACACAGAGGAGCUUAUAAGUAAAAUAGAGAAAAUAGGAGACACAACUGUUUAUAGCAACGAGAAAGGAGAAAGGGCUUACAAGGCUUCGUAUGAAAUGACCAAAGGAUCAGAUCAGGAUCUUGGAUUGGAGAACCUUAUUCAUGAUGUAACUCCCAGAUCUCCGAAAAGGAUUGCACCCAUGGUGAUCCCUCCAGGUCCCCUCGAGAUUCAAAUCCCCAGAAGUGUGUUUUACGUUGCAGAAGAAAUGGUGGAGAGAAAAAAGGCCGUGGAUCAAAGCAACAAGGGGCAAGACUGGGACGGAGGUAAAGGGGUUGAGAGGAGGGAUAGCUGGAGGAUCGGAAAACCCCUGAGCCGCAUCGAGUCCCUGCGAGAGAAAAUCAGGCAAAGAGAGCUGGAGAGGCUGAGACAAAGAGAGGCACAAGAUGGAGGCGGGAGGGAAGGUGCAGAGAUAAACGACACUCAGACAGCUGGGGACAGGCAGAACGAGAGAGGAACUGAAAUAGAGAAAGAGUGGGAAGCUGCAGCUCAUAUGCGGAAGAGGCUGGUCGAAGCAGAGAGGGGACAGGAAGAUGCAGCAGCACAGACAUCCACCACUGCAUUUGACGUCACACAGGAAGUCACCAUGUUGAAAACCUGCCCUCAACUUCCUGCUUCUGUCCCACACUCACAAGCUGUCAGAGCAGAGGAAGUAACGAGCGGGUACACCACGGCUGCCUCUGAAGUUGUCUCUGACAGCUUCCAGAUAUCUGAGGAUGAAAACAACCCCCUGAAACAUGUGGAAGAAGAGCUGAGGCACCACCGGGGUCAAUACGGGAACAGAGAAGAAGAAGAAGGGGAGGAGGAGGAGGAGGAGGAGAAGAAGGAAAAGGAGCUCUCAGAAGAGGAGGGAGAGGAAUAUACAUCGCCUGUGCAAUCACUCUCCCCUUUGCCGCCUCAUCCCAGCUCCCUGGCAACCAUGAGUAGGAUCUACAAAUUGGAGACAGUUGGCUCGAGGUCAGGCUUGUGUCUGAGGGAGAGGACUGUAGACAUCCAGUCAGUGCACCUGGUUAAAGUGAAGCCCCUUAUGUCAAGCGCACAGCAGGGGGACAGCAAAGCAUUCUCGGGUGAGGACAUUUGCGGGGUUCAGACAAUACAACAACAGAUAGAGCAGUUUCAGCUGAAAGAGCAGGAAACUCUGAAGUCUUGUAUGUCACCAAAUACCCCUUUUAAGGACAGAGAGACACAGGGGCAGCAAAGCUCCAGAGGAGUGUUAAAGCACCAGGUGAAGGAUGAUGCCAAGACCCCGGAGAAAGAUCAAGAAAUGUCAGAAUUGAGCCCCAAAGUGUCUCCUUGGAGUGUUGGUUCACCAACAUCUCAGCUCAAACAAUCUAAUCAAACUACCACCGUCACCCCGUCACUUCUCAGGAGCCCAUCCCCGGACAAUACUCUGAAACCCUCGGCUCACGCCCCGACCCCGGCCUCUUCCCCGAGCUCCCUUUCUCCUGCCCAGUCUCCUAGUGUCUCUCCAUCUCCGACCCCAUCGCCCACGCUCUUCUCUAUCAAGAGUGCCGCUGGAGGUCAAGUGAAGAGAGGUGCCACCAUCACUAUCACCCCAAAAAAGCCUGCCAGAGGAGGAGUGGCGGGGCCUACAACGGGGUCCACUGCAGGAGGGUCGAAAUCAGCAAAAACCUCAUCGCAGCAGGCCCAGACGACCUCCGCUGUGGCCGAGCCAGUGAAGAAGAAGUACCCCACAGCGGAGGAGAUCAAGGUGAUUGGCGGAUAUCAGAAUCUUGAGAAGUCCUGUCUGAUCAAGAACAGAAGGUCUCCAAAAAGGGGAAAGGUGUGUUUCAACGAGGACCAGCUGGAGCAGGUGUGUGAGUACCCAUCAGAAACCUCCUUGCUGGCAAGCACCCCCCUCCCUCCAGACCUGUGGAGGACCGAGAGACUGCAGGGAGAGGAGAUGCAGGACGAGGAGGAGGCUGAAGUGGAGGAAGGAGCGAUCGUGUCCAAAAGUACAAGGAACGUGGGGAUUGCAACGGGAGGGGGUCUAAGAGUGGAUGAGUCUUGCCCUUGGUAGAAGCCAGUCACCUUCGCCAAAAUUGACGAGAUCACCAAAAUUUUGUUGAACGAUAUUACGGGAUUUUUAUUGUGUUUUUUGAAUUGAGUGUUGAUUUGAGUGUUUGUAAUCCUCGUGGUCUUUUGUUUUUAUCUAGUAUCAGAAUGAAUGAGUGUGAAUGAAUGUACAGUUUGAUUCAUGCAGUUGAAAAAAGGAGCAUACUUGUGUUGACUGGGGGAAAUAUUUCACCUGUUAUUAUUUUCAGGGAAAUUGGGACACAAAUGUGAAUGUAUAAGUACAUAAACAUAAAAAAGACCCUCAGGUGUGCACUGUUGGGUAAAAGAUCACUUGUCUAUGCAAUAAAACAACAUUUUAUUUUUUAGUUAA